CUUAACUUCUAAAACAAAUGUGCUAAACAAGGAUUUAAAAUAGAGGAUUAUUUUAAAGAAAACAUUUCUAAAAUGUCCUUAUAUGCCCUCAUCAUUUCGUUGCUGCUGCUGACAACUAGAAAAGCAGGCGCAACGAGAGAUUAUGACAACCUUGGAACAGAGUUCGUGUUGAUGUUUCUACAAAAUAUAGAUGGUAGUUUUGAACUAGAGUUGUUCGUUACAACAUAUGUCAAUGUCCCCGUACAUGUCAAUGUCACAAGUCCUAAGUGGGACUCCCCGAGGGUAGAUGAGAGUUACACAAUCACAGCUGGCCAAGUACAGAUGGUCACAUUCUCUAAUAAUCUACGUAUGUCUGGUACUGGCAAGUCAACUAAGGGAAUUUUGGUGACAGCAUCUGAUGAAAUAGCCUUGUAUGGGUUUAAUAAGGAAACGUAUUCAACUGAUGGCUUCUUAGGUCUGCCAACUGAUGUGAUGGGGACUGCUUAUUAUGCGAUGGCCUACUCACCUGCUAAAUAUCAAACAGAGUUGGGGAUUGCAGCGUUGUUUGACUCUACUGAAGUAUCCAUCACACACACUGGUUCAACAACCAUCGUCAGUCUGGAUCAGUACGAAACAUACCAAAUGACAAAUUCAGGAGACAUAAGUGGAGCAAAAAUUGUCGCGAAUAGUCCCAUUUCGGUGUUUAGUGGAAAUAAAAAAACCACAAUCGUCCCUGCAGGUCUGAGUGGUUGGACCAGUGAUCACCUUGUAUCACAUCUACCUCCUGUGGAUACUUGGGGUAAGGAACUGGUUGCCAUACCAACACCAGGCAGACUGAACGGAGAUAUCGUCAAAAUUGUUGCAAGUCUCCCAAACACAUCUGUAGAGGUCACUGGAUUUCCUCUGCAGACUAUUGCAGAGAGUGGGGGACUGCUCCAGCUCCAUAUUCCAUUCGGACAGUAUAGUAAGAUAAAAGCUUCUCAUCCUAUCAUGAUGAUGCAAUUCUCUAUCACACAGACAGACUCGGAGUCGUCAGGUGAUCCUGCUAUGACGCUUGUGCCUUGGAUGGAACAGUACGAUUCCCAAUACACAUUCACAACACCAAGUUACUCAUUGGGUUCAUACUAUAACUUCUUAAUGGUGGUUAUUGAAGACACGCACAAAACCGGCUUACUUCUUGAUGGAACAGGUGUAUCUGCUAGUUGGACAGCAUAUGAUGGCAUAACUUUAGUAUCAACUCAGUUGAGCAUCACGGAGGGGUCCCAUACAAUAUUGCAUGAUAACAGCAGCGCCACCUUUGGAGUAAUGAUGUACGGAAAGGCUAACUAUGAGUCUUAUGGGUUACCAGCAGGCCUGAAGUUACUACAAGUAAACACAGAAUGUAUUCCCAGCCUCAAUGUUGAUGAUGAUGGUGUUGAUAAUGACUGCGAUGGCUUAAUAGAUGAAGAAAUGUGUGAUGUUGCUGGAACGGGUAUAGAUGAUGAUAACGAUGGUGCUGUAGAUGAGGAUUGCUGGUCUGGACUACCUACAACCCCGGCCCCCACUACGACCACUCACACCACAACAACAUUUGAAUUAACCACAACGACACCCGA